GUCAUCUCCCACGCGUACGCUGAUGCAGAGACACCCCAUGUCAUGCAAAUCACACUGGUAUAAUGCAAAACUACUUGAUACGUAUACACAGGAGUACCAGAUUGACAUAAUAUUUGCGCAGACGUGGACAGACAGCCGGCUCAGAUAUAACAGCACUAUGAAAAUAUUGACUUUGAACAGUAAUAUGGUUGGACUCAUUUGGCUACCAGACACUAUCUUCAGAAAUUCCAAGAGUGCAGAUUCACAUUGGAUUACUACACCAAAUCAGCUCCUUAGAAUAUGGAAUGAUGGGAAAAUACUUUACACUUUGAGACUGACCAUAAAUGCAGAGUGCCAGCUUCAAUUGCAUAACUUUCCUAUGGAUGAACACUCCUGCCCCCUCAUCUUCUCCAGCUAUGGAUACCCACGAGAUGAAAUGAUUUACAAGUGGAGAAAGAAUUCGGUGCAGGCAGCUGAUCAGAAGUCAUGGAGACUUUACCAGUUUGACUUCAUGGGCCUGAGGAACACCACAGACAUAAUCAAGACAACAGCAGGUGACUACGUGGUGAUGACUGUAUAUUUUGACCUAAGCAGAAGAAUGGGAUACUUCACAAUUCAGACCUACAUCCCCUGCAUACUUACUGUGGUUCUCUCUUGGGUCUCCUUUUGGAUCAAAAAAGAUGCAACUCCAGCCAGAACAGCACUAGGAAUAACAACAGUAUUAACCAUGACAACGCUCAGCACGGUGGCAAGGACAUCACUACCCAGAGUCUCGUACGUCACAGCAAUGGAUCUUUUCGUCACUGUCUGUUUCCUGUUUGUUUUUGCGGCUCUCAUGGAGUACGCCACACUCAAUUAUUACUCCUACAGCGCUCGCAGUCGCAGACCGACCUGCAACAAGACGAAAAGAUCGAACUACUCAGUACUGGAUGUGGGUCCUCCUCCCACAGUUAUCACGCUCAACAACUCCAUGUACUGGCAGGAGUUUGAUGAUGCCUGUGUUUAUGAGUGCCUGGAUGGAAAAGACUGCCAGAGUUUCUUCUGCUGCUACGAAGAGUGCAAAGAUGGAGCGUGGCGAAAGGGCCGUCUGCAUAUAGACAUUUUGGAACUGGAUGCAUACUCUCGUGUUUUCUUUCCCACCUCUUUCCUAUUGUUCAAUAUUGUCUACUGGGUAGGCUACUUGUAUCUUUAGCGGUCCCACACACCUCACGAUACAAAGAACUUGACUUUUGGUUCUGUCAGAGCAGACACGAAGAACAGACUGAACCAGGACUUUUCAAAGUAGGGUAAAAAUAAAAGUGGAUACUGGUUAUCAAAGCUGAGCUGUGGUGAUUCAAGGACUUCUCCAGUAGGCGAUGAAAAUGAAAAAUGAGACAAUGCUACAGGAACCGACAUCAAAGCCCUUAAAACCAGGCUGUUUUUAUAUGGUCGAGAAGGAUAUUGCCACAAGCUCUUUUAAGUGGUUGCAAUUCUCUGGCAGAGACCUUUGCCUUUUGUUCUUCAGGUACCAGGGAAAAAAAGAUACACAACGUUCCUCUCACACAAUCUCGUCUAUUAUUGGGUGAGAGAGCAGCUGUAAGAAGUCAAGGUGCGCAAAAUCCUUAGGCCAAGACAGCGUGAGAAAAAAAAAAAUGCCUUGCAUAGCAUGUGACCCUCUGACUUUAGGUGUCUCUUACAAUCCUGGUAGAACGUUCACUUGAAUGGAAACCUGUCAUCUAGCCAUCAGUCAAAACCAGAGCGGCUUUCAUGUAAGCGCAGCUUUCAGAGCCAUCUAUAGUGCCUUCCACUGGAGGAGAAGCCAUCAGGCAGAGAAAUCUUAGAAAUGAUGGCAGGAGCAUCAUCUGGUCUUGACUGACUGCUGAUGGUUUUCUUUUGGAGUUUAUUCGAGCUUUAGUUCUAGUCAUUCAUUAUUUUGAUACAUUCAACACAUCUAAACCGAUUGCCACUGCAUGUUAUAUGAUAGUAUUAAGCUCUACCCUGAAUCAGCACAAUAAUGACAAGAGAGUAGAUCCAUUUUGAAAUAUUUGGAAUAUUAAUUAGUAUGUAGAAUGCAAAUGUUUGCCUAUAUUUCUAGAUUUUUAUUGCAUAUUUUUUUCAAACAAAAGAGAGGUUAAUUAAAGCUUAAAUAAAUAUAUUAUAUAGUAGAUCAUAUUUUAUUUUGAAAUGUCUAAAAUCUAUUAGAUCAAUCUAUUAGUCAAAAAGUGUAUCCAUAGAAUGGAUCUUAAGUUCCAUAGAUUCUCACCCUUCAGUCCAGCCCGAGUUGGCACAAUAGUUUCUGUCCAUGUCUACACCCAAAGGAAAUCAAGGAAAGUGAGUUUCUCUAGUUCAUCAUGAAUUUUGUUUUAUUUACAGAUUUUAUGAUUUUGGAAAGCCCCAUUCUAUGAUAUGGCAAUACAUUUAACACGUGCAGGUUAGUUAUCACUGCAUAUACUGUAUACAAAAUUUUUGUUCAAAAAGUAAAAUUCUGUCACCCUUUAUUCACACUCAUAUACUGUGCAUUAGAUUUCCCAUUCAUGGAAUACAAAAGGAAUGUAGGAAUGUUAAGGCUGUGCUUUUUCGUACAGUAAAAUUUAGUAGUGCUUUUUGAAAUAAGAAAAAUCAUAAAGGUUAGGAAUGACAUGAGGGUGAGUAGAGACUGACAGUUUUUUAAUAUAUAUAUAUAUAUUUGAGUGAAAUAUCCAUUUGGUAAUAAAAAGGAGUGUCAAAACAAUCAUUAACACUUUACAAAUGGUUAACAUUAGUUAAUGCAUUAGGUAACUUUGAAGUAAAAAUGAAUAACAUUUAAUGAAUAAAUAAACUGAUGUUAAUUCAUAACACAUUAACUUUCCUUACUGUUAGUUCAUGAUACCCCAUGCAUUAGCUCAUGUUAGUGGAUUGAAAUUAGUUGUAAAGUGUUACCAAACAAUCUUCAGCACACUGCAGUACGACACCCUACAUAAUCACUGUGUUCAUUACCGAACUGUAAUCCACAAUAAGAGUUGUUACUGUGUUGCCUUAGGGUCACCUGCACAGAGAUACUGUGAAAUGAUCCAUUAGAGAAAGACAAAUGGAUUAAUAUAAGGUAUCUACUUCAAAUUAUAGUCAUUACCAAAGGAUUCACACUAGCUGAAAAUAUUCUGAGGCAAUCUCAAACUCUUUUUCUCCCCGAACUACGGUGAAUUAUUUUGUAGUCAUGAUCUUCAUUAUCACUAUCGUCUCAUGGGUAAUAUGUUAAUGCGUGAUGCACAUCAAGGCAAUAUUGUUGUUAAUUUUCUUCCUCGAUGAUUGUAGCAUUUUCCAUUUGAUACCACUGUGGUGGGCUGUGGAUUCUACCAUUCUGGCACCAGCUUCAGCUCUAACACAUCUGACCUACAGGAGGUAUCAACAUUUAAUCAAUCAAAUCAUUUUCCACCUGUCAGUGUAGGCUCUCUUUAACUUUCAUCGUUGAAGUCACAUUUGUAUUGGAUUUCAUCUUUUACAGGUAAUCGUUUUAACAUCUUUGUAAGGUAAUCUUUUUAAGAAUUGUCUCGAAGUCUGUUAAUGACGUUCUGAUUAACCAGAAAUGUGCUGUGAAUUGCUGCCAAGCCGAUCCUCCUCUGGCAUUUCAUGAUGCUCUAGUGAUUUUUUUUGUUGUGGCUAUUAGAAGGUGUCAGUCCACUAUUGACCUGUUUUGCGAUUCUGUUUGAUGAUAAUGUGUGAGUGCUUCAACACGUUGUUAUUGCAGCUGUUAAUUCAGUUUGACGUACAAUAAUUAUUAGCUGUUCAUUUAUAGUGGUGCUACAGCUUCAAACUGACCAUCGUUCGAGUUCUACCAUCAGCGGUUUUUGCUCUUCACUCCCAAGGAAUCAGACAAAUCCGACUCUGCCAAAAAGUCGUGUUAGUUACCUAAAGCCAUACGCUAGAAUUAAAUCCAAUUAUACUGCUUUUUAUAGUUGCCUAAUAAUGACAUUAAUUCCAAUGACGAAGUACUCUGAGGAAGAAAAUAGAAAUUCUUCUGCAUUGGCCCUUGAUGUAUUUUAAGAUUAUUUGGUCACUUUUUGUCACUGGAUAUCAUUCCUUACCAUUCAAGCCAGGGGGGCUUUUCAGAACAACGAAUAUAGUUUAAUUUUUUAUUCUUUUUUCACAAGGAUAAAAUUUAUUAAACAUUCAAGUGACCUUUAAGAGGGUGGAUAUGCUAUCCUUAAUGAUAUAUAACAUGCAAUCACUGAACACUCAGUACUCUAUAGCAUCCUUCCCACAGUCCAGCCACUAAGGAAUACCGGAAAAAUCUCAUUCAGAAUCAGUCAUUGUUUAUUCUGACUUUCUUUUACAUCAUUGGAAUUUGCAUAGAAUUAAUAAAACCUUCCAACUGCAGGUCAACCGUUAAAGGAUGAAUGCCAAAGAAAUCUCAUUCACUGAUGUACUAUGAAGUUGGCUCCCCCCAUUAAUGUCAUUCAUUUUUCUCAGUAAUGUUGUUGGGAUUUGUUUGUGCUUUACAGUACAGUAAAUUACACCAUAAUUCCUCCAGGUGUCUGAAACCCUUUUGUUUCAAGUAAUCAGAUUAGUACCAAUCUUAGAAUACAUUAAUGUCAGUGGCCUGUACUGUUUCUGGGAAUCGUCUUAAAAUUUAACCACUGUACUGAUAGUGAUAAUAAUAUUCAUCAUAAUAAAAACUCUUUUCUCUAUUGCCCCAGUCACACAGACACACAUUGUGCACCUCUUUUUCACAUGAACACACAACCUUUCAUUGUAGAUUAUGGCUUUGUGUUUACAAUGACAAUUUGGUGUGUAUUUCUCAUGUUUCUAUGCUUUGUGAGUGCUCACAAUGUGCAGUGUUGUCAGUGGGGUUGUCAUAUGGAUUUGGUAAUAGAGGGUUUCUGUGAGUUUUUGGCCUGUCGAUAAACUCAUUUCUAUUUCUCGUGCGUUUUUCAUAUGCUGUAUGUAGUUCUUUUUAUAACUGAAUUGUAAAGUGCAGAGGUGAAUCAGAAGAUGUGAAAUAAAACUUUGUUUUCUUUUUUCCCAUUUCUGUAUAUCACUGCAAUCUUACCUGCACUUUAUAAGUGACUUAGUUCAAUGUAUUUACAACAAAUUAAAGGUAUUUUGUAAGUAG